UUCUCUAACAACUCAAAACACAAAAGUGAGUUCUUGAGAGCUGAGAGCUGAGAGUUGAGUGGUUCUUCUUCAUCUUUCACACACCAAAAACACACACUAAAAACACACACUUAAACUUUCUUUUUUAAUUUUUUAAUUUCCCCUCUGAUAUUCCCCACUUCUCGUCUUUCAACUAUAAAAGAAAUUAUUAUUGAUUUGGGUUUGUUUUUAAAAUGGAUUUAUUAUGAUGAAUUUCUAGAUUAUUAUGAACAUAAAAGCAAACUUUAUUUUUUUUAAUUGAGAGAGAGAGAGAGAGUCAGGUGUUUUCAGAAUAGAGAUCCAUCUUUUUUAAAUUGGGUUCUAUUUCUUUUAGAUUAAAAUCACCUUUUUAGGGGUUGUUUUUUGUUCCCCUAAAGGUUGGUUCUUUAUUUUCUUCAAUAUUUUCUUGAAAAGUUUCUUGAAAAGGGAUUUUUAUUAUUUUUCUUAAAAAUCCCAUCUUUUAUUUUCUUGAUUUUCCUGCUAUUUUUCUUCUUGGGAAAUCAUAUUUUUAUUAAUUUUAUUUUUAAAUAGUUUUUGUGAAUUAAAAAUUGAAAAAAAAAAUUUAAAAAAAUGAAUUUCUGGAAUGACAUUGGAUUUCAGCAAUCAACAUCAGGUGGUGAAUUAAUGGAUGCACUUGUACCUUUUAUAAAAAGUGCAUCUAUAAACUCUCCAAAUUACCAAAACACCCUUCCUUUUUCCACCCCUUCCACCUCUUAUCCAUGCCCCUUUUCGUCUUUUCCCCCUCCCCCUAUCUCUUCUUCUAUCUCCACUAUCCAUUCACAACCCGGUUUAUACCCGGAUUACACUAUCCAACACCAAACCGGGUACGGGUUUGGGUACGGUCAACCCGAAGUAUUAACUGGGUCAAACCCAUUACCCGAAUCCCAAAUUUACCAAACCCAACCCACUCAUUGGCCUCAAAAUAACUUGAAUUUCAUUGACCCGGAUCUUAUACCCGAGUCACAAUCCGGAUCCGGGUCAAAACUCGGGUCACCUCCAAAACCGGUUAAGCUUUACCGCGGUGUGAGACAAAGACACUGGGGAAAAUGGGUAGCGGAGAUCCGCUUACCCAAGAGCCGGACCCGGCUUUGGUUGGGUACAUUCGACUCAGCUGAGGAAGCCGCGCUGGCUUACGAUAAAGCGGCUUACAAGCUGCGUGGAGAAUACGCGCGGCUCAAUUUCCCACAGCUUCGGCUCGACUCGGCUCAAAUGACCGACUACAAGCCGUUACAUUCUUCGGUCGUCGCUAAAUUGCAAACAGUUUGUCAACGUUUGGCUGAAGGAAAGUCGGUUGACGGGUGUAAGAAGUCCGGUUCACGGCGGUCGGCGGCUAAGAAGGUGGCGGCGGAGCCGGAGGUUGUAAAGGCGGAAGUGAUCAACGGCGAAGGUUCUGAUAACUCUUCGCCGUCGUCAGAGUUGACGUUCCCCGAGUUUACGGGGGACGACAACGUCUGGCCGGAGUAUUUUUCGUUGGAGGAAUGUCCGUCGUAUGAGAUCGAGAUCGAUUGGAAUUCGAUCUAGUGUGGCAAGGAAAUAGAAAAACCGAACGAUGAGAGUGUAAAGCGUAUUUUGUAAGUUGGGAUAAAUUUAGGGUUUAUUUUUGUAAUUUAGGGAAGUUGAGCCAACUUGUAUUGAGUUUUAGGCAAAUACAGAGCUCUUCACUUCAUUGUAGUUUGGUAAUUUUGUAUUUUUUAAUUUGUUGUCUUUGGACUAUGGGAGAAUUUAUGAAAUCCCGUUUUUGUCCAUUAUUUUA